GAAUUCACUGCUCGGAUGCCCACGAACUCGCGGUUUGGCACGUGUAACCGCGUUGGAUUCUCUUCCAAACAGCGGCGAAGUUUCAUUGCAUGGAUUUAGGGAUUUUCAAAAUUUCAAGAGGGAAAGCCAACAGGACGGGGAGAAUUAGGGUUAGGGUUUUGAAAUGCUGUGGCUGAGAGCGAGAUUGAGCUCGAGAUGGAGGAUCCAAAGGUUCUCCUCCGCCGCCUGUCGUCUUCGUCGUAUCGAGGACGAGGGGGACUGGUUCUACUCCUCGGAGUGGUGGGGAACGGAAUCCGACGGCCACACCGUUUUCCAAUCGAAUUCCGUUAAAGGAAACGGCGAUGUAUCCGUCGUCGCGUAUCCUUCUUCAAGACCGGAUGCGGCCCAUUGGCCAGCAAUGGAAAAAUGGCUUCAAGAAAGGUACACAAAGAUACAUCCAGAAUCUGAACACAAUGGACUGUUUAGGAUACUCGGUUAUCAAUGGCGUGUUCUUCGCUUUAAUGAAAACACUCGCCAAAGUGCAGUUAAAAUCAUGGCUGCAUAUAGGAAAUCAGACCCUGGCACUGUAUACGUUAUGCAGCAGCCCCUUUGUUUAGCUGUUCCAUACUUAAAAAGUAUGGUUUCAGCUGGUUUGGCUUCACUAGCAUCUUGCAAUUAUGACUUCAUCGGUGCAGUUUGUGGGAAGAAAAUAAUGCGUGUUUUAUGCAUUGGUCAUGGUGGUGGAAGCCUACCAUUAUUUUUGGCAAGUAAAAUUCAAGGGGCAGUUGUCCAUGUUGUCGAGAUCGAUCCUGUUGUCAUCUCAGCCUCAGUUCAGGCCAUGGGCUUCCCUGCUUCUGCAGUGAAAACGCCCACUAAUUCCUCUCCCUCACAACCUGACAUGGUCGAUCACGUACUGUGGAAAGGCAUCUCUGAACGGCUUUUCCUCUACGAAGCAGAUGCAGAGAACUUCGUCCUGGAUAAUAACAAUAUCUAUGACUUGAUCUUCAUAGAUGCUUACGAUGGCGAUGAUAUUUUCCCUCACAAGCUGUGGGACCCACAUGGCCCAUUUCUUGGAGCCCUCAGAAGCAGGCUCCAUCCUGAGCACGGGACCGUUGUCGUCAACCUUCACGCAGACUCCGAUGUCUUGACCCCAGAUGGGAGAGUCUCACCCCAUCCUUACCACCAUAUUCUACCCAUGGGUAAGUAUGUCUCUCAAGUUUGCAGAUCAUAUAAGGAUACAUUGUUAGGGAAAAGCAUCGGCAAAAAGAGGGAGGUUAGUCCCAGGUUUGCUUUUAUUGUUUCAGUUCCUUGGCUUUGCAACAUUUCUCUCGUUGUUAGCAAAGGUACCUGCCUUGAUAGGCAUUUGAUUUCAGACAUCCUCAGAUCUAAAUCCCGUUUGGUGGAAGAUGCUCUUGACUUGCCAUUUUCUUCUUUACAGUACAUAAAGAGAGAUUUUAUUAUGGUGGAUUAAUUGCCUAUGGAAUUGAUAGUGAGGUGAUGACUCGUUUUACUUGCAUUGAAAUGCAGGUUGUCUUCUAUCGAUUAUGCUAAUAGAUUCAUAUGCAAUUUCGAUGGUAUUGUGGAUGUAUUACCUAAUCAAAUUGCUAUUGUUAGUUAAUGAAGUUGAAACAGCCAAAUUGCAGUUUC